ACUCAUUCCAGUUUCGUGAAACAAGAAUCAGAAGAGGAGCAGUAUCAAUCGCCCCCGUACCGAGAUACAAGUCCGGUACCGCACAAGAAGCGCAAAAUAGGUGCAUCUAUCAACUAUGGUAGCGAGGACGACACGGACGAGGAGGCGGAGGGGGAGGGGGAGGAUGGAGAGAGACAACAGAUACUCGUACCCAGGGCGGCUAGGCUGUUCUUAGACUUGGAUGAGGCUGAAGACACCGAAGAGACACAAAAUUACCUAAAAACCGACGAACACCAUUUCGACUGGCAACCCUUACCCGCAGUGUUGCCAUUAGACCGUCGCACGCCUUUUAAAUCCAGCAGCUGCGGUCCAAAAGGCUCCUUCCAAACGCCUUACGAUGCAUUCAAAGCCAUAUGGAGUCGAGAUAUAGUUGAACGAAUAGCUGAUGAAACGAAUAGGUAUGCCCAACAAUUGACUGAAGAUAUGAUGAGGAGAGGGACUUUACGACCCACUAGCAGGAUUGUAGAUUGGCGAGACGCCACCGCCGACGAAAUAUACAUGUUCUUUGCGAUUGUACUAGCCACUGGAGUAGUAGUUAAAUCUAGAAUAGAGGAGUAUUGGAAUAAAGAGCCGUUUCUGUUAAGUACACCCGAGUUCACAAAUACUAUGACCUACGAUAGGUUUAUGCUGUUGAACAAAUGCUUGCACUUUCAAGACAAUGAUUUGGUGGAUAGUAGGGAAAUGACAAAGUCUGAGGCUAAAUUGUUUAAAUUAAAACCUGUGAUUGACCAUUUGAAUGAUAAGUUUGCGUCCCUGUUUAGUUUAGGGCAGAAUGUUGCGUUGGAUGAGAGUUUGACGAAGUGGAAAGGAUCGUCUGAUAUAAAUGUGUUUAGUAGAAGUAGUUCAGCGUCAAUUGGUAUCAAAGUGUAUGAAUUAUGCGACUGUCACACCGGUUACCUUUGGAGGUUCGAAGCUAAGACUGAAAGCGAUACAACUCCAGUAGAAACAUCUUCUAUCAUGCUAAGGUUACUGAGAGGUUUGGAAGACAGAGGCCAUACUAUAUGGAUGGAUUCUAACUAUAGUUCUCCGCUUCUAGCCAGAGAGUUGAAAGCCCACGGGUUUGACUGCGUCGGACCUUUACGGACAAAUAAGCAGUAUGUUCCAAAACAAGUAAAAAAAUUAGAAAAUUCGGAUUUGAAGCCGAACGAAAUAGUCGGUUAUACAAGUGGUGAUGUAGAUGUAUUAGCGUGGCGGGACAGAAAAAUCGUUACCCUUAUUUCGACGUAUCACGGAUUGGCUACUGUUGAAGCCGGUGAUAUUAGGAAACCCGCAGUCGUGUGUGACUACGUGAAUUGGAUAUCUAAAGUGGACCGUAAAGAUCAAAUGUUGUCCGCCCACCCUAUUGAGAGAAAACGGACGAGAGUGUGGUACAAAAAGUUUUUUAGACGACUACUAAAUGCAAGCGUGCUUAAUGCCUACAUUUUGCAUAGACAUAAUCCUUCAAAUAGACAGAAUCCUGCGCUAUCGCACAGGGAGUUUAGAAAGACUUUGAUCGUCGAAAUAAUCAAGUAUCACAUGACAGCCAAAGCCAGUGUGAACUCCACGGACCAUUUUCCGAAUGAAUAUGGAAAGAAUUUGGAGUCGAAAGCUAAGAAAGUUGAGGGUUUGCGUCGUAAGUGCGCUGUUUGCAAGAGAAGAACUAGGAACUACUGCGAAGGUUGUAAUACUGCGAUGUGUUUGUAUGCGUGUUUUAAGCAGCAUCAUAGUGGUAAAAGACAUGUUUUAAGUGAUGCAGAAAUUGUUACAGGGAGUUAAAAGUUGAAAUCGUUGUUUCAUACAGACUAUAGCGGAGUUUUGAGACAAUUUCAAACAUAUGACAGCAAAGUGCUGGAACAACAUUCCACCAUUAAAAAGUAUAUAAAUGUAUAAAAAUAUAUGUAGCUUCGAAACGAAUCAGAUAAUUGAUAUAUGUAUACUUGUUUAUAAACAUGUGAUAAACAAAUUGUACUUGGGCAA